AAGGAUGUUGGCGAUUUCACAGGAGACUCUCUAGACACAGGUCUUGUCCAAUUCUGCUUUAUGAGUUUGGUCCAGAAUGAUCUUGAUAGGAUGUCGUCUGUCUGGAACUGCCAUCGCAUACGACGUUCAAAGAAUCAGAACGUUCCCAACGGAAGACCUGUAGUUCUCUUCUCCAUGCCAGAAUUGUUUGGCCGACGUGACUACUUGAAGCCAGUUGACCAGGAACAUAUCGAAGCCUGCUGCACCGAGUGUACCUUCAGGGAUGGCCUUCCGUGUGACGAGGAGUUAUUUGAACUCUUCAUUAUUUACAUGACUGAACAUUCUUUGGAACAUCCUGGCAAUGUAGAGCAGGCACUGCAGCUUUACCACGCGCUGCGUGAUGCCAUUCGACAGGAUCUGGAACAGUAAUAUAUAGACCUAUAUAGUUUCUCACAAUACUGUCAGUGUCGGUGAUACGUGCUGCCCAGAAACGACUUGUGGAUCAGUAAUGAGAUGAAUUAUUGAUGUUAUAUGAAAACCUCCAAUUUGUAAAAAAGAAGCACAUGUCACGAAGGAGACAUCAAUUACAAAAA